AUACACACGGUGCCCUUGUGGGGAGGGUAACACGACUGUUUUAUUUGACUACCUCUUGGAACUCAAAGUCCAAAAGUUUUGGAAAAAUUUAAAAUAAACUCUUUUUUUAAUAAAUAUAAAAAUUGAUGAGUUAAAAGUGAAGUAUACAUAUGUAGAUGGUGGUACCGAUGAUAUUUCAAUUUAUAGCAAGUUAAUAAAAUCGGGAUGUUGUAUGAAAAGUUGGUCAGCCUGAGAAACGUGGUCUUGUUAAAACCGGUGAUGCGUUGACCCUUUCGCCCCUCCAACGGGUCCAGCUGAUUGCUCUGCUUCCUCUCCUAAGAUGGAUGAUUGUGGCCACUACCUCAAAGCAGCCUUUCCACUUAUAAACGACGACCUGUACGACUAUGUGGAAGGUGUUCUUAAAACCGGAGUGGACGAUUUCGAAGACAGCGACGAGCUUUACGACGCCGUCGGCGGUGUGCUUCAUGAGGUGGCGGAUGACAAGACGGAAGACGAUAUCAGGGAAGUCUGCGAGAGGCUGCUUGCCCUGUUAAGAGGUUCAAAAAAUGGAGCUGCCAAAGGUGGAUCAAAUUGUUCAAAUAAAGUACUCAACGCGCCAGUACAUUUGGGAUCGAUGGCUGCUACACUACAGGACAAUGUUGGCGACAUCAAGUCAAUUUGGAUGAUGCAGAGGGAUGACACAUUGAAAGUCGACGCAAAAAAAUUGGAAAAAGCCGAGCAAAAAUUGCAACAGAAACAGGAGAAGAGGGCAGAGACAUCAACCAACUCAAAAUUAGCGGCUCCGGUCAAAUUACAAAGUGCCACAGCUUCUCAAAUCACUAAUAAGAAAGAGUCAAAAAUGGAAGCUAAAGGGACAAACAGGACUCAAGACAUUAGGAUAGAAAACUUUGACGUUUCUUUUGGUGAUAAGGUGUUACUACAAGCAGCAGAUCUGGUUUUAGCAUUCAGCAGAAGGUAUGGACUCGUUGGUAGAAAUGGCCUCGGAAAGACAACUUUACUUAGAAUGAUAUCAAGUGGUGCUUUAAGAAUCCCUUCACACAUUUCCGUUCUGCAUGUUGAACAAGAAGUAGUCGGUGAUGAUAAAACAGCUCUUGAAAGUGUUUUGGAAUGUGACAUAGCAAGGCAAACACUCCUUGACAGGGAAAAGGAAAUAAAUGCUUUGUUAAAUUCAGGGUCUACCGAUACUCAGUUGACGACAGAACUUUCUGAAAUUUAUGCUGCUUUAGGAGCAAUGGAGGCAGACAAAGCUCCGGCCAGGGCUGGUGUUAUCCUUGCAGGUUUAGGAUUUACAAACGAAAUGCAAGGAAGGGCCACAAAAACAUUUAGUGGUGGUUGGAGGAUGAGAUUAGCCCUUGCGAGGGCACUGUUUUCAAGGCCAGAUCUUCUUCUACUUGAUGAGCCCACAAACAUGUUGGACAUGAAGGCCAUUAUAUGGCUUGAGAACUAUCUUCAAUCCUGGCCCACGACACUUUUGGUAGUUUCCCACGACAGGCACUUUUUGGACACCGUACCAACGGACAUACUGCAUUUACAUUCUGCAACGCUUGAAUCGUAUAAAGGGAACUAUUCUAGAUUUGAAUCGGUUAAAAUAGAAAAGCUAAGGAACAGGACGAGGGAGAUAGAGGCACAGGAACAGCACAGAGCCCAUGUUAAAGAAUUUAUCGAUAGGUUUAGGUACAAUGCUAAUAGGGCGUCUUCAGUUCAAUCAAAAAUCAAAAUGCUGGAAAAACUGCCUGAACUUAAACCUAUUGAAAAAGAAGUAGAAGUGGUUUUACGAUUCCCUGAAGUGGAGCCUCUUUCCCCUCCAAUACUUCAACUGCAAGAGCUGUCCUUUGGAUAUUCUCCUGAUAAAAUAAUACUAAAAAAUGUUGAACUGGGUGCAACUUUGGAGUCGAGGAUUUGUAUCGUUGGUGAUAAUGGUGCUGGGAAAACAACAUUGUUAAAAUUAAUCCUUGGCUUACUGACACCGACAGCAGGCACGAGAGUGGUACACAGGAACUUAAGGUUUGCGUACUUCAGCCAGCAUCAUGUGGACCAACUCCAGAUGAAUUGUUCAUCUGUAGAACUACUUCAACAGGCAUUUCCAGGAAAACCGAUUGAAGAGUACAGAAGGCAAUUGGGUAGUUUCGGUAUAUCUGGCGACCUGGCCUUGCAGGUUGUCGCAUCUUUAUCAGGAGGGCAAAAAUCUAGGGUAGCUUUCGCCAAGAUGUGCAUGUCAAAUCCAAACUUUCUGAUCCUAGACGAACCAACAAAUCAUCUCGACAUUGAAACAAUUGAAGCCCUCGGUCACGCUGUUAACAAAUACACUGGAGGAGUUAUUUUGGUAUCUCACGAUGAACGCCUUAUUCGUAUGGUGUGUAAGGAAUUAUGGGUCUGUGGACAAGGGACCGUUAAGAGUUUAGAAGGUGGGUUCGAUCAGUACAGAGAGAUUGUUGAAAAGGAACUAUUGGACCUGGGCAAAUAAGGGUUGACUAUAAGCUCAUGACUGACGUGCACAAACUGUCUGAUAUGUGAUUAUCAUGAGCCAAUUUUGUAUUUAUGUGUAAUACAUAACUGUAUAAAAUUAUUUGUAAUACUUAAAAUGUAAAAUACAUAAUACUAUAUUUGAAAUUGUG